AUGGAAAUCAACGAUGGUCUACUAUUUAUGAAAAAUUCUAAAACUUCAAAACAGAUAACUGAAAUCAAGAAGGUUGAUGUGGAGAAUGGCAAGCAUAACUAUUCGACGAACCUCCACAAAACGUUGAGAGAAGAAGAAGAUCCAGUGAAUUGUUCAUCAAAGUCACUUGGGCAUCAAUCUCAACUAGAGAGUCGUCUACUCACUCGUGAAGAUCUCAUUAAUUUAGACAAAAUUGAACCACGUUGGAGAUAUAUUCGAAUAGGAUUAAUAAUUGGAUUUGGGAUUAUAUUUUUUGGUCUUUUAGCAGCAUGUAUCCUUUACAUAAUUUUUGGACAAAUAUGUCCAUCUGUGCCUAAAUUACCAUUUUGGAAAUCAACAGUUGGUUACUGGUUAGAUGUGUUUGCAUUUAAAGACUCUUCUGGUGAUUUAGUCGGAGAUUUAAAUGGUCUCACAUCUGAAGUAGAUUACAUCAAAACUGUCGUGGGUGCAGGAUAUGUGAUAUUAGGUCCCAUUACUAAAGGAUUUUACACCAAUUCACACAAUAUGCUAGGAUUAGUGGAAGAUUACAAGCAGUUAGAUGAAGCAGUUGGCACAAUGGAUGAUUUUCGUGGUCUUUUAAAACACUUUCAUAAAAACGGUAUAAAGGUCAUCCUGACUUUCAAUUUCAAUGCCAUAUCCAUCAAUCAUAAAUGGAUUACAGAGAACAAAGUCAAACUGACAUCGUUUGAAAAGUCUCGUAAUAAUAAAUUAUCCCGAUAUGGAAAACCGAUCGAUGUAGAUAUCGGUGGUCAGAAAUUUUAUUCAGUAUUCGGAUCACCGAAUGUAGAUCUAGAUUUAACUUCGGCUAAAACUCAGAAAGAUGUGAUCCACUUUUGGAUGAAAGAAGGAAUAGACGGUAUUCUCUUGGAUAAUGCUGCAUUCUUUGUUGAAGAAAAUGAAGGAACACAAAGCAACGUUGGUUCAAAAUGGUUAGAAAACUGUCCAGAUUCUCAAUUAUAUAGAAAUGGAAGUGUGAAAUUUGUUGAAGGUGUAAGACGAGAAAUAAAUAAGUGGAUUAAGAAAAGUGGAAAAGAAAAAUUAUUGGCUGUCAAUUCAGGUGAUACAGGUUGUGGUGUAGGAGAUAAUCCAGAUCCAAUGUUAAUGUUCAAAGAUGUGGCUGAUAUAAUAAUCAGUCGUGAAUUCGUUUUCAAUAGGGGUAGAUUUGAAACCCUAGUAUCAUUUGACAAAACAGCUAUACAGAAAUAUUCUACAUAUUCAGACUCGGAUAAAGAGAAAUUAGGAUUGACAACAAGUACUUCAAAUAAUCCAACAGAUUCAGAUAUGAUUCAACUUGCAUUAACAUUAUUAUUACCAGGACAACCAAUAAUUUAUUAUGGAACUGAGAUGGGUAUCAAUAGUCUGGAAUUAUCUCGUAUUCCAAAAGAGUUAUAUCCAAAAGGGAAAAUUUAUAAUAAUGAAGAAGGAUUUUGGUCUACACGAUCUCAUUUACCAAUGCCAUGGGAUUUCAAUGGAAGAAGAUUUUCAGCAACAAUAAAUGAUUCUACUUUUAGUGACUAUUUGAAUGGAUAUUUGCAUAAGCAAUCCGUUGAAAUUCAGCUUGCUGAGGGAAAUGAUCGAUCAAAACUUCAACUCGUUAAGAAAUUGGUGACUUUACGUCAGAAUGAUAGUUUGAAAUGGGGAACAAUGGAGCAGAUAAGUUUUGGUGAAAACAUACAAUUACAUAAAAAAAUUACAAAUAGAAUAGAGAAUAUGAAUUGUAUUAAAUUCUAUUUAUCAUCAUUUGUUAUUAUUAUUGUAAGUUCUAUGAUAUUGAUCAAGUGUCAUCGAAUGAUACAUGAAUAUGAUGAACCCCUAAUGGAUUCAACUAAUUCAGAUUACACGAUAAACAUUCCCAGUGGAGAAUUAUGGUUUAAACGCGUACAUCAACCUAGAUUUAAUAAAAAGAACAGAUUACCAAUAUCAGUGAAACGUCCACAAAAAUCAGCAAAUUAUUAUUAUGAUCUUUAUCGACAAUCCAUGUUACCAACAAAUGAAUUUCUUGGUUAA